CCAAGACUAUUGUGACUCUCCCAACGGAUUUUGGACAUUGGCCCAGCACAUCAUCAAGCCAUGGCAUGGCCCGAUGAUCUCUCACCGCCACAAAAUACACAGUGGCGAUUGUAUAUUGUACGAACCAACGAUUAGUAAAGCAGCAAGGAACAAUUACUAAAACAGCAAGCAAGCAAAGAAUGGUGAAACAGAGCCUUCACGAACAACGCAAGCUGUCCGACGCCAUGGCGGCAGCGGAGAAAGAGCGGGCUGCUGCCAUUGCCGAACGAUUGGCAUAUCAACAAAAAUUGCAGGAAAUUGCUGCGGCCGAAGCAGCCGAAGCCCUGGAAGCGUUGGAGGCAACUCGAGAACUGGCGCGAGGUCGAGGUAUUGCGCGUCUGGUCAUGACUCUGGUGGGUGUGGUUCUGAUAGGAACUUAUUCCUUCUUCAAAGAAGAGCAUCUCUUGGUGAUGGAAUCCAACAACAACGCCACCAAUGUGCAGACCAAAUUUGCCAGUGCCGUCAGCAGUGACAGCUCACUACCAUCACAACUACCAUCACUACAUGACUACAGUAUCAACAUGAGUUCCUUGCCAUUGCCAUCGAUGGAACCCUUUGACAUGUCCCAAUUCACGGCCAUUCACUUGUACCAUGUGCGGAAAGCCGGCGGUUCCACGGUCCGACGAUACCUUGAGAAAGUGGCCAAACACCACAAGAUGAAAUACUCGGUCAAUGAGGGGUACUGCUACCGCGGAAAUCAAAAGCGCCCCAAAACACUCAUGAUUACCAUGGUCCGAGAUCCCCUGGCGCGAGCCGAGUCGUCCUAUUGGUUUGAAGGAGAAGUCAAUGCCAGCAAUCCACAUAGUUUUCGGGACUGGGUCAAAAAGCAAAAAGUAAAGGGCUGGAGAAAAGCCGUCGAUGAACGAGGAACGUUUGUAUGGGGAUGUGCAUCGAACUGUUUGACCAAAUGGUUUUCCGGCGGUGUACCGGGAAAUGUCACCAAAGCCAAACACGUUCUCGAACACGAUUUUCAUCUCAUUAUUCAACAAAAUCGAAUGGACGAUCUACGCUACAAACGAUGGAUAUCGUACAUGUUGGAUGUCCCUGGGGUGCGAAUGGAACACAAGAAUCCAUCCCGCAAGAAUCAUCUAGCCAGACUGGCAAGUGCGGGGCCGACUCCACAAGAUCGAGAGCACUUGAAAGAAAUCAAUCAAGACGAUUUUGAAUUGCUGGAUUAUAUAUUGCCGCGACGAUCCGAUUUGGAUGGAUACAUCUACUAGCUAGGCGGUCAUGGGUUGAGGUUGUGGCUGUGGCUCGGAUAUGGUGUCCAUCUUGCUAGCCAGCCACACAACCGAUUAUCGACAACAACCAAAAAUCAGCAGGUUCGAGAGACAAAACGCGCUGCUGGUUGCAGAACGGAUCAGAGGGCGCGCUAGCUUUGCUUGUGCGGCGAGGAAAGAAAAAGACCAUCGCAAACAAACGUCGGACAUGGGGAGACCCAGCCGUUGGCCCGAAACCAAAAAAGUUCUCCAAGGCUGCUCCUCGUAGAGACUGCGGAGGUUUUUUCAUCCUAGCUAUGUAGUAGACAACUAUAAAUAAGGGUCACUCGUCAAUGGACAUCAUGAAAUGAACCUGUUGUAAUAUCAACCCUGCAAAAGUGAAAGAUGGGCU